CCUUAACGAAAUUAUUUAUGUGAAACACUAACUGCUACUGGAAAUAAGCCUACGCUACGCAACUGUCAAGGACUAGUAACACUGGGAUUACUUAGCUAUUAACUAGGUGUAUAUAUUUUAGAAAUUGUCGGACACGUUUGUCAGAAAUGAAUUUUCUUAGAAACCGCCUUGUUGUUUUGGGCCUGGUGUUGCUUGCCACUUUGCUUUUGUACCUGCUAUUGCCGUCCAUUCGGCAGGGCAGCAUGGAGCCUUCCCUGGAUGUCCAGAGGAUGGGCCUGGCGGCUGUUUCUCCCCCUCAGCCAUCGGCCAUCAAUGUAUCUGUCCGCACGGGUCAGCUACCCGGGGACCCCCCGCUCUUCUUCAGGGAAGCGUUGCCGGUUGACGGGGCUGGUAGGCAGAUACUUCCCAGGCUGCAAGUGGUCCUUCUCCAUGGUCAGGCCUUCUCUUCCAAAACAUGGGAGGAACUGGGCACCUUGGCCUUGCUGGCCACAAAUGGAUACCAGGCCUUGGCUGUGGACCUACCAGGAUUUGGGAACUCUCCAGACUCGGACGCUGUGAAGACUGACCAGCACCGGGUCGACCUUCUGGGAAGGUUCAUGGAGGCACUGGGCGUGCGGACAGCGGUGCUGCUCAGCCCCUCAAUGAGUGGCCACUACUCCAUCCCCUUCCUGAUGAAACACAGUGCCCAACUGCACGGUUUCAUCCCCAUAGCCCCUGUGGGGACCCGGAGCUUCACCCCGCAGCAGUACCAGAGCAUCCAGACUCCUACUCUCAUUGUUUUUGGGGCCCUGGACACCAACCUCGGGGCCCAGUCCCACAAGAACCUGAUGCAGCUCCCACAUCACUCAGUCCUGAAAAUGGAAGGGGCGCGCCACGCCUGCUACAUGGACAAACCUAAGGAGUUCCACCAAGCAUUGUUGGACUUUCUCAGCAAACUGGAGUGAGAGGAGGGAUAAGAUGGCGGGAAAGAGGGAAUGAUGGGAUAUACAGGGUUGCGUUUGUGUCGAAGCAGAGUAAUGAUACGCAAUUUUUAAAAAGUAGUCCUCUGGGAUAAUAGGGCACUUUUGAUAUUAUACAUCGACCCCUCGUCACCCUGGUACAGUGGCUUCCAUUACAAUGCUUUUGUUGUCAUUUCAUCAAAUCGAGAGAAAGUCUAAAUGAAGUUUACUCUUUGAGUUAAGCAUUAAGUACAGAAUAUAUGCAAAUUCAAAGGCUAGAAUCAGUGACUGUUGGGUUUUACUUGGCAUCACUACUGGUUCCAUGAUGAUCAGUAUCAGUUGACGUGAGAAUGAAGUGGUCAAACCAGGGUCGUAUUCAUUAGUGCAUUCCAUAGAAAAGUGUUUUGCAAAUGAAAAGAGAAAAGGAAAACAAACAAUUCUUAUUAGAUGAGAUCAGGUAAUUUAUUCCUGUUUCGCCUCAUUUGCUUUUGUUUGUGUAAUGGUGAAUAUUAUCCUGUUUAGACAAAUGAACUGUGACAAAUGUGUGACAUCUGUGGUAAAGAACCUCUCAUUUAAGUUAUAAAAAAAAAAAAAAAAAAAGUGAUUCAAUCAAUACUUGUCAAAGAUAUACUGGAUCUCAAGAUUCAGAAACUAGGACAACGACUAACAAUAACAUAACAUUCAUGUUGAAGUUUAUUCUGAAUUUGUGUGCGCGUGUGUGCGUGUGCAUGCAUGAGAAAGAUGUUACAGCAAAAAAAAGUACACUCCGUUCCAUUUUUAUGUUGUGACAAUGACCACUAUUUAUUUUAAAUUAUGACAAAUGUGUACAUACUAGGGGAUUUUAUUUUGACGGGACAACAAAUGAGAAAAGCCUCAACAUUUAAAUGGCUUAAACAAUCGUCCUCUCUUUGAGUUUGCUGUUACUGCUUUACAUUUCCUUUAAUAAAGACUACAGAAUAUUUUA